AUGGAACCUAUUUUGAAUGAUGUAAAGCUAGAGGGUGGAUCAGUGAUUGUGAAACUGAUGCAAAUUGAAUUGAAAAACCCUAAUACCGGAGUUUGUGAAGUUCCUACUUCAUUACAAGAAAUUCUUGAUGCUGGUGAUGUUCCAAAGAGGGGAAGAACAAAGAGAAAAGUGAAAGCAACUGAGGUUCUUUCAAAGAAAUUUAAGCCGCAAAGAAAACCUAAAUCUAAAUCGGCUGUGAUGGAUGAGGAUUCGGAAGAGAUAACUAAAAGUGAUGUUCGGGGUGAAAAUACUUUUGCGAAAGAUACUGCGACCCCAUUGAAAGUUUCACUAAAGGCUUCAGAAAAAAUUACUCCACAUGUACUUUCGAAGGUAUCUACUCCACUUUCAUCAUCUAUUCUUAAAUCUACUCAAACUCCACUCAAGUCUGAUAUUUUUGAUCAAAUGUUGAAUGAACCAUUGCUUGAUCUUUAUCAAACACCACCACUUCCUCUACCAUUUAACACAAAUGUUUCGAUCCAAACUAAUAUUUCACCUCUUCCAAACACCAAUUCUGAAUCAACAAUGCCAACCCAAACCACUUUACAUAUACCAACUCUAAUUUUCACUUCAUCUACUACAAAUCCUUCUGUGACUAAAGCUAAAACAAAAAAAUCCCACCAGAAGCUCCUACUUUCCAAUCCUUUAUGGAGGAGAAUUGGACUUCAAGCAUCCCUAGAAACACAUCUAAUAUGGAUCCAAAUGUCAACAUUAGUGUGA